AUGUCUACCUUAGCGCACACUCCAGACCCGGGACCGGGCAAAAAAUCCGGAGAUUUAGACCAAUAUUUCAGGGACAUGGUUAAUAUCUUAGGCGCAGAGCAAGAAGAGUGCCGGACGCCAUCUUUAUCACGCGGCUCACACUCCAGCAGCCCGUCUAGAUCCGAGCAUGCUGCUGGGACAGGCAUGGCAGAAAUAAAAGAAAUCCUCCAGAAUUUGCCUUCGAAAGCAGAACUUGCUAUUAUGCUGACGAAAUUAGAAUCUUCUGUGCAAGAACAACUCUCCACACUUACCUCAGAAGUCAAACAGAUUAGUAACAGAGUGGGAGAUCUAGAGGACGACCGCGAACAAAUUAUGGAUAGGCUGCUACAUUUGGAACAGGGCCAAGAGAUGAAUGAGGCCAAAUUACUCUAUAACAGGCAGCUGGCUGAGGAUCUCGACAAUAGAGGCCGCAGUAAUAAUAUUAGAGUACGCGGCCUUCCGGAGGCGCAAGGAAUGAGUGAGGACCUCCACAUGAUAUUACAAACUCUUUUCAACAGAAUACUACAGAGGCCCCAAAACACUCAUAUCAUCAUAGAUAGGGCCCACAGAGUGCUCAAGCCUAGGGGCCUAGCACCGGAAACCCCCAGAGACGUGAUAUGCGGAGUUCAUUACUUUUCGGAGAAGGAGGAAAUUAUGCGCACGGCGAGAGAAACCGCAGAAAUCCUGUUUAACAAUGCAAAAAUACUAUUACUCCCUGAUCUGUCCUGGCUAACGCUUAGAGGCCGGAGGGCCCUGAGACCGGUCACACAAGUCCUACAACAGGCGGGAAUCAAAUACAGGUGGGGCUAUCCAUUCUCCCUCAUCGCUAACCACCAAGGGAACCAGAUCUCCAUGACGACAGCGGCAGAACUCCCAGAAUUCAUUAAACGUCUGGGCAUCCCGACGAUGGAAAUACAAGACUGGUAUGAAGUUGGGAGCCAAAGGAACCAACCUCCGCCUAGCCGACGAUUACAAAGUCGAACGCAAGACCCAAGAAAGACACCGUCAAAGAGAACGCUGACGGAUUUGCCCCAGCAGAGAUCCCAGCGCCUACUAGGUACUCCAAAAAGGAACAGAUGA